AUGGAGGCGUAUCUCUGUGCCUCUUCGCCGCCACGCAGGCAAUUCGCCUCCGUUUGCCCUGUUGCAUCCCCCCUGUGUCUGGUUUUCCUCUCUGUCUCCAGCGUGACCGCCCUCCAGCUUCAGCCGCAGUCAGCUUUUCCUUCUGGCUCGUACGGGGCUGCCCGCGUCCCAGGGGCGUACAUCAGCGUCUCUCCUUCGUCCGUGUCGCUCUCAAAGCUGUCUGCCCCCUCGUCUUCCCUCCCUCGCAGUCUCUUUGAGAAAGCUGCAUCGGCGCCCUCGCUGGACGCCAGACUCCCAGCGGCGGCUGCGUACGCGCCGGCGGCCCCGUUCAGAUUCACGGGGACUCUGUCAGGUUUCGGCUCUCACGCCGCCUUCUCCGAGGCCCGUGGCGAGCCCUCUUGCCUUUCUGCGCAGGCGUCAGGAACUGCAGCGUCCAACGCACAGUGCGCGGACGCAGAGGAGAAGCCGACGCCGUUAGCCCUCACGCUGCGGUCCUACCUGCGAUGCCACAUGUCUCUUCUUUCUGACGCGUCGCCGGCCUUCAGCAACGGAAACCUCAUGUUCCUGUACCGGGCUGCAGACGCUCACGAACGCUUGAUUUCUCCUCUGGAGCUGCACACGAACUCUCACCACCUCCCCGGAGCCGAAGCCGCCCGCGUCAUGGCGACGUUCGAGCCCGAGGCCCUGGAGGCCGCGGUGCCUCCGGAAGCCGACAAGGAGAAACCCCCGCAAGACGAAAGGAAAGUUUUCGCCCGCGAACUUCUCAAAUUCGAGGUUCGCCGACUCCACCGCCUCCUCCAAUUUGCCUGCGCUGGAGAACUCCGCGGCGAAAUCCUCAACAGAGACUCCACCAAAGUCAUGUUCGAGCUGCUACAGGAGGCUGGCCUUCCGCUGUCGAGCGUCUUGGAGGCGUUUGACCGCAUGAACAAGUUCUACGAGAAAAAAAUGCCCGCGGCCGCGUACAAGACGCACUACAUGCCGUCGCUCGACUCGCUGAAGUCGCAGCUGCUGGACAUCCAGAAGGCCUUCGUCGCCGAAGAGAAAGCCGUGACCAGCCGCCAUGUGCUGAGCGAAGUCACCUUCGAGCCUGAGCCAGAUCCGCGCACCUUGACGCCGCUCCUCCUGGACAUCACCACCAUGGGCGACACACUCCCCGGCGUUGCCGCUUGGAACAAGAAGGCGUGA